ACCCCCAUUUUUGGGUCAGAAAAGCGGAGAGCUGGAAACCAGGUCUAAUCGGAAAAGGAGAUUCGUGUGCUCGACUUUCUAAAACCUCCGAGAUCAACCGGCCACCUCCUCACCUACCUAUUUGCUCUUCCUCUCCCUUCCAUGGAGCCUCAGAUUCCGAUGGGCAAGGAAUCCCAGGAAGAUACCCGCAAGAAAACCCCAGAUACGCCUCUGCCUUCUCUGGCUGCGGCUACGGCGGCUUUCUCCAACAUGCAUCCUCUUCCUUCUCCCGCGGCGCGCGUCCAAAACCCUACUCCUCCCCCCAACUCGAGCUCCGUUGCGGAGCAGACCGCCGACCAGGGGAACGCCGGGGAGCCGCGCAAGGAAGGAGGGGAAGGGGCAGAGCAAAAGGGAUCCAAGCCCCCGGCCACCGGGACGACCGCUGUGGGACCCUCCUCGGCGACGGCAGUUGCUGCGGCGGCCGCGGCGGCCGGCGCUGCAGCGGCCGGCUUGGUCACCGAUCUCCAGAAGAAGCUUCUCCGAGCGGAACGCUUUCGGAUGCCCGUGCUGCUGACCGAGGAGGAGAAGCGCAACUCUCGAGCCGAGCGGUUUGGGACUGCGUCUACCGUGCAUGGAACGAAGAAUUUAGGACAACUGGAAGAGCAGAAAAGAAAGGCCCGGGCAGAGAGGUUUGGGCUUAAAGCACACUCCUCGGUUGAUGAGGAGGCAAAGAAGAAGGCUCGGUUAGAGAGAUUUGCUCAAAACUCGAAAACUGGGACCACAGAAGAAGAAAAAAGAAAGGCAAGAGCAAUCAGGUUUUCACAAGCAUCUGGCGCCUCAUCUCAAGCCAAUGUCAAGGCCAACUCUGAACUGAAGACAGCAUCUGUAGCUAACACCUGAUGAGGAGCUCGAGGAUUGAGGGCUCUUUUGUGGACUCUUUAUGUGUUUCGUAUGCUGGUGCCUUCCUAAGCUCCUGCUUGCUGUUUUCACCCAUCAAGUGCAUCAUAUGGAGGUACCAUUGUAGAAAGUGGAAAACAGGACUUGUGGCAAUGGAGAUGACCUUUUUUUACUUCUGUAUGCCACUGCGACUGUAUUGAUGUGGAAAUGAUGACUCGUAGGAUUAUAAAGAGCCAUCGGUUGACAUGGCUGCCAGAUAGUUCUUAAACUAACUCUUAUUUCAGAGAAGGCCGUUUUAACAUAUCUUUCAUUCCAAUGAAGUAUUAACUUAUCUUGAUCUGGUGGACAA